CUCCUGGGGAUUACAUGACGUAAUAUUUAUGCGACAUUGUAGGAUAUUCAGCUGAAUGACAGAAGGGACAUACAUGUAAACUUUAACUGGCCUUAAAUUACGAAAUACCAUGUCGGAUUGUCAAUGGGAGGACUAGAAUCAGGAACAAGAUGCAGCAUCUGUUUAACCAGAGAACCCUGCGGCAGGCUGAUGCCCUGCGCUCCAUGCUCUUGGGUCCAAGCCUCAGCCCGCGCUGGGUCAGUACCUCAGGAGCAUUGUGGACCGCAGCUCCACAUAAGCCAACUGGUGAGGGCCAGAACCAGAGCCCGGCUGACCCAGGCCAGGGGGACCCUGCUGAUAUCCUGGGGGACCGGUCUGUUGGCCUGGUUCAGAGGUUCCGCAGGACCCUGAAGCAAUACGGGAAGGUCAUGAUCCCUGUCCACCUGCUCACCUCCUCCAUGUGGUUUGGAACCUUCUACUAUGCUGCCAUGAAGGGUGUAAAUGUGGUUCCGUUUCUGGAGUACGUUGGCUUCCCAGAGAAGCUUGUGAAGCUGCUGGAGAAUUCCCAGAGUGGAUAUGCUCUGACUGCUUAUGCCAUGUACAAGAUCGCCACCCCAGCCAGGUACACAGUGACAUUAGGGGGAACUUCCCUGUCAAUCAGGUACCUCCGUAAACACGGUCACAUGGCCACCCCGCCUCCUGUCAAAGAGUACCUACAGGACAAGAUGGAGGAGACCAGGGAACGCCUCUCUGAGAAGAUGGAAGAAACAAAGGACAGGCUCUCUGAGAAGAUGGAGGAGACCAGAGAUCGUCUGUCAGGGAGGAUGGGGGAAAACAAGGACAAGUUGGCAGAGAAACUGCAAGAGACCAAAGACAAAGUUUAUUUUAGAAAGAAGAAGGAAUAGAAAAGUUAACUUCUGGAUUGGAUUUAAAAGUACAUGUAUUGUAUAUGGUCAUAUUACAUUUAUUUAAUAUACUGUAUAUAGUAGGUUCAUAUUUGCACUCCCUUAAAGGAGAUGGCUGGACACAUUUCAUGUCUCUGACCACUUUCCUGUAAUGUUAAAACAUGGCUCCCUCCACAGCUAAUAGUUUGCUGCUGGCCUGUUGAAAUAAUGGCUACAUUAGAUUUAGAGAUGAGGAAAAAAAAUUAUUAUUAAGACAUCAUUAUUUUUGAUGGGCAAUGUUUAUGAUGAAAGGUUAAUUGUUGGUGAUAAUGGUUUGGCUCUGUGAGGUUCCACAAAAAUUGAAAACCAAAUUUUUUUCAAGGACCAAUCAGAUGCUCUGUUGUCAUUACCUUUAUUUAAUAAAGAAUGAAAACUGUU